CACCGCGGCCCUCGCUGGUUCGUUUCCACCCUCCACCUCCGACACGCGGGAGGAAGAAGACGGCUUCCACCUCCGUCGUGGCAGAGCGAGCCGAGGGAAUAUGCGGCGCUGUGGCUGUGCGAACACCCCCAAUGAAUCACUGGCAAUGAGCUGCGGAUAUGGUUUCCGCCUUGCCUGGCCUGGCCGCCGGCGGUCGCCGUCGAAUCGGCCGCUUCAACCCAUGGCUUUCUUUUUUACAAUUUCUUUCCAGCGUCUCCUCCUCCUUAGUCCUCCGCCACGCCGCGCGCCCCCCACCUGAACCCUCUUUAAAACCCGCCACCGCCUCCUGAUCUCACACAAAGUUCUUUGCUUUCUACACGGCCCGCCGGAGCUAGCAGCAGGAGCGAGCUCGCGAAGCGGCGGUCGGAUGGCGGGGCUGGCGGUGAAGGCGGGGAGCAGGCCGCCGUGGCUGGGGCUGGGGGCGGCGGUGUGGGUGCAGGCGUCGGCGGGGACCAGCUCCGCCUUCGCGCUCUACUCGCACGCGCUCAAGGUCGCGUUCGGCGCCGACCAGAGCCAAAUCGCGCUGCUCGGGGUCGCCUGCAACGUCGGGGACAGCCUCGGCCUGCUGCCCGGCGUCGUCUGCAACAAGCUCCACCCGGCGCUGCUCCUCCUCGUGGCCGCCGCUUCCGGCUUCCUCGGCUACGGCGCCACCUGGCUCGCCGUCUCCGGCAUCGCGCCCGCGCUGCCCUACUGGCUGAUAUGGAUUGCAUUAUGCGUUGGUUCAAACAGUGGCGCGUGGAUGUCGACCGCCGUUUUAGUAACCAACAUGAGGAACUUCCCCCUAAGCAGAGGUGCUGUCGCUGGAAUCCUCAAAGGCUAUUCUGGUUUAAGUGCUGCUGUCUACACAGCCAUCUACACCGGCGCCCUUCACGGUUCAGCUGCGAACCUCUUGCUUUUUCUCACUCUGGGAGUUGCUACCGUCUGUCUUCUGGCAAUGUACUUUGUGAGGCCUUGUGAGCCUUCUCUGGUGGAGAAUUCCUCGGAGAGAGUUCACUUCCUUUUCGUACAAAUCAGCAGCGCUCUUCUCGGGGUUUAUCUUGUCGCCGCCACAACAUUGGAUAAUUUUGUGACUCUUUCCCCCGCUUUGAACUAUUCCCUGCUUGCUAUUAUGGUCAUUCUCAUUCUUUCACCAAUAGCAAUACCCGUGAAAAUGACAUUGUUUCGAACUAACCAAAGGAAAGGCUCUUCUGCCGCUGAUAACGAUCAUACAGAACCAUUUAUUCUGCCUUCUUCCACUGAACCGAACUUGGGCAAUAUUGAAGAUGAGGAUCCUGCUGAUAUUGACGUUCUCUUAGCUGAGGGUGAAGGGGCUGUAAAGCAGAAGAGGAAGAAACCAAGAAGGGGAGAGGACUUCAGGUUCCGUGAAGCUCUGCUGAAGGCAGAUUUCUGGCUGCUCUUUGGAGUGUUUUUUAUAGGUGUUGGAUCUGGAGUUACCGUUCUCAACAAUCUAGCACAAAUUGGAAUUGCAGCUGGUUCUGCUGACACAACUAUAGCAGUCUCUCUCUUCAGUCUGGGCAACUUCUUUGGCCGCUUAGGAGGUGGUGCGGUUUCUGAUUAUCUUGUCAGGUCAAGGACGAUUCCACGUACAGUGUUGAUCAUAGGCACCCAAUUGGUGAUGAUAAUCAACUACCUAGUAUUUGCAUUGGGUCUCUAUGCUACGCUCUACAUCUCCGUAGGCAUACUUGGCAUCUGCUAUGGUGUCCAUUUCUCGGUGAUGGUGUCGACUUCAUCGGAGCUGUUCGGGCUGAAGCAGUUCGGGAAGAUCUACAAUUUCAUCUUGCUAGCGAACCCACUCGGUGCGCUCGUGUUCAGCAGUCUUGCAGGGUAUAUCUAUGACCUUGAAGCUGCAAAGCAGCACAGUGCUGGAGCAGUGGGGGACUCUGAGAAUGUCACGGUAUGCUACGGGCCCAGCUGUUUCAGGCUCACGUUCUGUGUUCUGUCAGGCAUGGCCUGCUUGGGAACGUUGCUGGGUGUGGUUCUGACCGUGAGGAUCCGACCGGUGUAUCAGAAGCUCUAUGGAGGUAGCCAGCCCAGGAUCUCUGGACAUUGAUGGCCCGUGACUGGAGGCUAAGUUCAGGGACGGGGAGAAGAGAUCAAUGACAUCUACGAGUACCAGUUUAACAUCAGGAAGGACCUCGAUGCACAGAUCUUCUCCAGGUGAUUGCAGAACCCAUUAAAACCUAAUAUUUCAGAAACUUUAUUUGGGAGCCAGUGCCAAUGAAGAGUACUUUUUUUUACAAAAUAACAAGGCAAAAGACUUGCCAUUUUUCAUUGAUUAAGCAGAAGAGAGUUGGCCGGUUAAUUAGCGGUAGUGGAUUCGGAGAGUGGGGAUGAUGUAUAGCUAUCUGCGGUCUCUGAAUUAAUCAAUUAAUUCGAUGGAUUUUGUGAAAUCAGGUAAUUUGAACAAGGCAUUCGUGAUACCAGCAUGGCCAAAACCCAGAAACCGAGCAGUUCGUGUAUGACUAGUUUUUACAAUAUGGGUCGAUGAGCGUACUAGACUACUACUGUAUAUCUUGACGCAUUGCUUGAUAAUGUAAAAUCUAAAGAUAGGAAUACUACAUAAUGCAUCCAAGGAUUAUGCACUUUUGCUACAAAACCUGUGAAAACUGGUGUACAUUCUUCAUUUGUUGCUCCACAAACAGUACGGUCAGAGUCUCUCAAAGGCACCUCGCUCCAGUCAUGAAAUAGGAGGAUUAGCCAAGGUGGGAUACAUGGUGCGGUGAAAGUUAUCACAGCUCUUUAUUUACACUUAGUAUUAUUUAAUUUUAUUAAACACUGUCUUGACUAGCUUUGAAUCUUAUUUUCAUGUGUUUUUAGGUGGUUAGCACAUACUAGGACUGUCUAGGCUACUGCUACUCAUGAUGGAAUUCGGUUUAAUUAGGUUCCACCAUUCCAAAGGCUCCCUGAUGCUUUGUCAGGAUCCAUGCUUGCAUAUGAAACGUUGAUGGGUUCCUUUAAAGACUUCAGAUCUUAGGACAACUUUGAAUGGUAAGCUUUGUUGUCUCUGCAAUUCUUCCUACAGUUGUUUCCGUCACUCGUUAGUUCUUGUCUUCUUUUGCAUGUGUACUGGCUUUUACUUCUAUAGCGCGCAUGCCCUGGCAUGCUUACUUGAACCAACUCAUUGUGUUAUUGUUAAAUGUUAUCUAAUACUAUUAUAUGCUUGUAAUUUUAUUAAUUCAUUCCAAUAUUUAAAAAAAUCAUUGAUGUAAAAUUAAUUCAUCUCAUUAGAAUGUUUGGAGAUUGCGGUUUGUGAAAAAACACAAGUACUGAAUUCAUCAAUCUGUUUUUAUGUACCCAACUAUAUGUUCAUCUGUUACAUUAAUCAUUAGAAAGUUUGAAUUAUGAUGUAUCUAAGAGAAACCACUUUUUAACAGCAACAACUAUGUAUACAAGACUACCUUAUAGAAGGAAAAAGAGCAUUACCAUAUAAGAUUGUUUGCGAGUACACAGUUUUGAGGAACUAAUAUAGAACUCCAACAUAUUGCAUCUUUCUUUUAAGAAAUGUAGUCUCAGAAGAUUCUAAAAUUACAAGGUGGAUCGCUCCAUUUUAGGGGUACAUCAUCAUUUGGCAUUCAGCUUGUGUACCACCAACCUAUCAUUAUCCACUGAAAACGAUGUCUGAAAACUACAUCUGCACGGAACUAACAAGUUCGCAAAAAGCAUGAUAAUAAGCGUCUUCGGUAAUACCCCAUCCGUCCUAUAAUAUAAGAUGUUACUACAAUCUAUAUACGCACAUAUUAGUUGUAAUAACAUCUAAUAUGGAUCAUAUUUCGUGAUCCUUGGACAGAAAACUGGCGUUGUAGUUGCUAUAUGUUUCUGGCCUUCUCUCCCUGGUCUCACUUGCCUAUGCCAACUAGUAAUAAAUUAAGAAAAUAAUUUAUAUUUUCUAGAAUAUCAAAUAGCAAACUUUUGUGAACCCUGGCCUUUGUCUCUUGAUACUGGAGCUACAGUAUCUUGAUCAUAUCAAACAGAUUUGGUUUAUCUUCAAGCUACAAGAGGUUGGACAUACCAAGUAGAUUUGGCAAAUCUUUAGGCUACAAGAAGAGGUUACAUUCGGUCUGUUGUGAAGCUACAAGUGGUUGGUCAUCCAAGUAGAUUUGACAUAACUUGAAGCAACAAGAGAUAUACUGAAUUGAAACUAAAAGUAAUGCUACUAAAUUUGUCACUAUUUACUUGCAUAACCUUUUUCCUGUACUCAUACAUCAUCGACGAGCGGUCUUAGCUGUUGAAUUGCCACAUAUAUCUGACGUUGGGCACCUUUUUUCUCAAAUCAUGACAUUACUAAGCUUUUCCUUGCAUCCAAGAGACAGUCGUUCAUGCAUUAGUAGCUGUGAAGGGUGAGCCGGCCUCCUGACCUUUCUCCGUUAGCCCCACCAACAGCUAAGCCAUCGCCACUAUUAUGGAUUAACCAUGUCCCAUGCGCUGCGCCCACAAGGAGAGCGAAGGAGCAAGGGGCUCCAUCUAGUUAGCUCGGGUCGUUUUAGGAUUGGGGUAGAGAUGAGGAGGACCAGUGGAUUGUGGGGAUUUCCAUGUGAUCGGCCAUACGUAUCCAGCUCCGUCGUCCACCUUUGAAGACGGUUGUACGUAGCAGAUGGGGCAAUAAAUCGACUCACCCGCAUCGACAACUCAGAGAUUUUCGUCGUCUCUUCCAAAGCGUAUGGAGCUCACCGGCCAUUGCCGGCUCGCGGGAAUGGCGUGAACAGAGCAACUGAAUGCUUGCAUUGUUGUAUGAUCCAAGUUGUUCGUGACAAAAGCCUUGUGUAUUUUCUUGAGGACAAAAUCCAAGUUGUCUCGGACAUGAACCUCGUGUGCAAAAGGAACUAAAUUCCAGGAUCUAUAAUCCAAGUUGUUCGUGACUUAUCAUGUUCGGGGCACCAAUCUUUCAAGAUUAUUAUACAUUCCCUGAAACAGUACUGAAUAAUUCUUGCCCACUAUACUCUGGCCGUAACUAAUUGAAGUUUUGGACAUGGAGGUUUCAGUGCGUACACUUGGCUAUUAUUGCUCAAAUGGAAAUGGAUAUGUCGGUGAAACAUUAUUGCAGUAUUUCUCAUCUCAGAUGGCACCUGUAAGAUUUAAUCAAUUUACAUAACAUUACUUCCCCUCGACCAAAAAGAAUGUCGCAGACUUAUCUAAAUUUAGAUGUAUCUAUAUACUAAAUAGUACAAAUUUAGAUAAAUCUUGAGCAUUCUUUUCGGAACAGGGGUACUUUUGUUAUAAACUAUCAAAAUAUGGGAAGUUCGACUUCCCCGACGUCAUGGACUGAUUUCUUUAUAUAUUUAUCUUCACAAGAAAUUGAAUUUAUUUGCAUGAUUUACCGACUAAGUUUUUUUC